GACUCCAGGACAGAGACUGAAACACAGCUGCCCCGUUUGUGGUCAGAAGGCUUGCCUCCUGUGGACCAUAAAUGGAUUGUGAAGUCUCUGUUCAAGAUGGGGCCAAGAGGAAAAUUAGUGCUUAAAGAGAAUCUGAAGCUCUGGCACUUUCCACCACAGCCUAGUGGCCUUUACCAUCAGGCUCCGGGUCCAGACCGCUUUUUUGCCCAUCCACUUCUGGUCUGGAUGCCUUACAAGCUGUGGAAGGUGAAGGUGGUCUGUCCAAACCUUGCCUGUGGAGGGCACCAGCUAACAGGAGCGGGUCUGCACAAGAGGGCACGCCGAGUCCUGGACGAGGACAGGAUGUACAACAUGGUGACAGAGACACUAACCUGCACCAAAUGUAGAUCCAGCCACGUGUCCUGGAGUCAGACUGUCCUCAAACAACUGUCCAAGGCACAGCAGACACAAUUCCGGGUCAUCCUCACACAAAAGUUUGCAUGUGACAUCCGGGUGAUCCGAAAACUGCGGGAGAGAGGCCUUGGUAACAGCCCAACGCAGCUUUUAAAGAAGCUGAAGGAGAACCACACAGAGGAGUGGAUGAGUCGCGCAUUGAUGUACACCGACGAGUGUGUGGACUUCAGCGAGCGACCCGCACUGCUGCCCCUGUCGUUUCCCGAGGCUCCAGAGCCUGCUGUUGUGCCGAGCUGUAAGUGGCUCCUGUCCGUUUACUGCCAGGACAUUUUGACGAGGGUGGAUGACAUCAUGGCCAGGAUUACCUCAACAUAUGGCACAGUCCUCAAGAUGGAUUCCACCAGAAAGAUCACCAAGAAGCUCGCUGGAACAGCCAAAGGGACAGCCCACUGGCUAACCUCUGUGGGUAAUGAGUACGGUCAGGUUCUCAUCAGUGUCAUGACCGCUCAGGAGGGAGCUGGCCUGGACUUGAUGGCAGCGGGAUUGAUGAAGAGGUACCAGCUGGCUGGUGUGGAUCCCCCUGUUGCCUUAUAUGUGGACUGUGGCUGCUGCACCGAGGGAGGAGAGACCAAGCUGAAGGCCAGAUUCAGCGGGUGGCCGGACAUUAUUGUAAGGCUUGAUAUCUGGCACUUUAUGCGCAGACUUGCUCUGGGAUGCACAACAGAUGCUCAUCAGCUGUACCCAGGAUUUAUGUCUCGCCUUUCAGCGAGCAUAUUUGAGUGGGAUGCAGCUGAUUUAGCUUUGUUGCGAGAAGCAAAAAGGCAGCAGCUUCGGUCCCAGGGUCUGCCCUCCCUCACUGAUGGCGACAUAGACAAACAACUCUCCAGGGAGGAGAUGUCUCUCCACUGUCGUAGGAGGACCCGUGGUGAGGAGACCACCAUUCGCCUGCUGGAGGAGCUGCUUGGGUUGCUGAUGGGCAGCAGAGGUAAUGACUCCAGUGGUGUUCCCCUGUUUGACCGAGAGAGGAUGGAGCACAUCUGGCGUGUCCAGAGAAAGCACGUCAAAUGCAUCCAGGACCCACCAGGUGUUGCUCUAUACACCAAGACAGGGGAGCUCACAAAGGGAGGUGUGCGGUUACCUGUUUACAGAUGUGCCAGAGGCUCUACAUCUCUCGAGUCAUUUCAUCUACACCUCAACCGCUUCAUACCAGGGACGAGUGCCAACAGUCUGAACUUUCAGAUAUAUCUCCUGGAAGGGCUUCACAGAUGGAACCACGACCGGGGGGUUGCUGCUCUGUCCACUGGACAAUCUCCUUUGCGCAGCUACUCCAGUGACCUGGUUCAGGCCCUCAACAACAAUUAUCAGAAGCUGUUUGGCAGGAAGGUGGUACCACAGUUCUGUCCACCCUCACGGUACACUGGAGAGCUCAUAGGGAUGCAAUAUCUGUUCCGGCAGACUGGUCAGGCACUGCAGGAUAUGCACCCUGAUUCAGAGGAAGCUGCAACCCUGAUAGAACAGCAUGACGUGGAGGACGACAUGGAGCUUGAUGAGGGUUUUGCUGACAUCAUGGAAGAUCCCACUGUGUUGAACCUUGGGGUUCCUCAGGCUUCAGCAUCUCAGACUCCUGAUCCCUCUGCCAUUUCUUCUCCUCUUCUCUCCCUGGUUCCUGGUACAUCCACCCUGGCUCCUAGUAUUUCCACCCUGGCACCUGGCUCAUCCUCUGAGGUCCCUGGUACAUCCACCCUGGCACCUGACACAUCAACCCUGGCCUCUAGUUCCUCCUCUGAAGAUGAUAUUCAUGCUGAAGAUGAAGACAUGGCUGUUGAUGACCAAAAUCUCCCCGGAUACCAGCAUGUGGACAGACUUGCUGAGUAUUUGGUGGCGCUUCGGGAUCAGACGUCUCUUUGUCUUAGCAACCAACAGGCGAGUAGGAUAGUGUCACUGUGGGACAAUCUGAAUCAAGGUGACAAGCAGCGGGUGGUUUAUGCCGCACGACAUCAGGAGAGACUUUUGAGUGGACGCUUCAGAACUCCAAAGACGCCCUCAAAAACCCCUGGUGUGGAGAGUACCACCCGCUGCAUGUUGGGUGCGAGUAGCACACCUGCCCAGUGGCCUGACUGCUGCCGGUUGGUGGAAACCAUGUUCAUCAGACUCUGCAAUAUACACCAAAGCCCGGCAAAAAAGGGUAAGAGGGCUACUUCUCGGUGGUCCUUAAUUUUGAGGGAUUACCGCAAGAUAAGGCAGCUUGUUGUCGGCAACUGCCGGGUGAUGCAGGGUUCUGAAAUUCAGCUGGUGGAGGUGAAUCAGAGCACGCUCAUCCAGUGGCAUAAUCACCGGCAGAAGAAACAGGAGCUCUCUGUGCUGCUCCAAGGCACUGCAUUGCCUCCAGCCCUGGCAGAAUCCGAUGAGCCUCUUCAGGAGGCAAGAUUGCUCCCUGCUGCACCCACGCCUGCCCGGAAUGAACAUCAAUACCGGCUGCCGCAGAGUACAGCAGGUCAGGCCAAACAGAGGCAGACGGGAUCUGGUCAGCUCCCUGUCAACAUAAGGCCAAAGGGACCAGUGAAGAGACAGUUAUAUGCAACCCCACCAGCUCCAGCACCAGGACCCAUCAUUACACCUCACAUCUUAACACCAUCCGGACUGGUUCAGGUUGUCUUUCCUGUGCCAGUAGGCAGCUAUCCUCAAACCAGUGCGCCUACCAGCACAGUGGAAGCUGACCCCGCCCCUAAAAGGCCAUAUAGGCGAACAGUGGCCAGCAACACUUGCAAAAAGUGUGGCCAGUUCCGCACUUCUGUCACUGGACACAGCCAGUACCAUGGAAAGGUGUAUUGCCCUCAGUUUGAAGCCUUAACAAAAGACCAGUGGUUGGAGGAAAUGAGGAAAAAGAUGUAAAUAGUUCAUAUUUGUAAAUAAUAGUUUUAUUGUAAAUAGUUUUUUUAAAUGUUUGUAUUUAAUUCUGGGUACUACUGCGAUAGUCAAUUCCAUAUGCCCUGUUUUUUAUCUGUCUGUUUAAAUUCAAUGUUUCUAUAAUUCUUAUUUCUAUGAACACAUAAAACUGGUUUA